CUCUAGUCAUCACACAAUAUCACUCGGCAGCGUGGGAAACCCCGACUUCUUAAUUGAGCCGCUUGCACAACGCACAAACAACGACCCCAGGUGUUGAACCCUACUCAUCACCGCCACCUCCUACUCACGACUGCCCACUCCUAGCCAUCACCGAUAACCCCUCCUCCUCAUCACCAAUAACUCAUCUCCGACAACUUCUACUCAUAACCGGCAACUCGAGUUGAACCCUACUCAUCGCCGACGACUUUUCCUCAUCAUAACACAACUUCUGCUCACCACCGAUAACUCAUAACUCACAACUCACGACCAAAACACCCAAGUACUCAUAACAUCCCCGCUCACUCGCACAUCUCUACGACCCACAUACCUUCUCCCCUCUCCCCUCUCCCUCCCUUCCUACCGUCAACACCACCCCACCCAAUCUACAUCAUGGCUUCCCCCUUCGACCCCGACCCCAACCAGCGCUCCUACAAAGCACACCAAGCCUACCAAGCAUACAUUUCACCCCGUCCGCCGCUAACAUUCACCACCUGGUACGCAUCCGCCUCAGCCGCGGACGAUGUCGUCGCCGCCCCCUCCGCGUCACGAGAGACGCUCGCGGCCAUGAUCGCGGCGAUCGCCGAGGAGAUCCUGAGCGAGAGCGAGGACGGCGACGUACGGCAGGUGCGGGAGGCGGCGGAGGAGCUGGGGUACCACGGCGGGACGUAUACCGCCCUGGGAGUAAUGGAGAAGGAGGAUCUGUUGCGCGCGGAUGAGGAUGCGGUGGGCGAGGAGCGCGUGGCGGUGGGGGAGCGGCAAGAGGUAAAGGAAGCGGAAGUGGGAUCGCUCGUGGCGGAAUAUGCCUCCGGCGGUGGAAGCGGCGAGCAGGAGGAGGUGGAAGCGAGGCUGGCUGCGGUCGAGCGGCUCCACGGUGCUCCUAUGGAUGUGGCGGCGACGAGGCGCAUCGAGAAGUGGGUGUCGCAGGUGCGGGACGGGAAGUCGGUCGUGGUUGGUGGCAAUGCUCUGUUGGAUGAUGCGCAAUAUUUAACCAGGGAGCAGGAAAUUGAAUUGGCGUCCGCUGCUUUUGACGAUACGCCUGGCUUCGAUGACAAGCGCGGCAAGAAGAUUGAGCAGAAUAAUGUCAAGCGUGGCAAGAAGAUUGAGCAGCAGACACCGGAAGUGGAAGUGGAACAGGUCGUUGUCGACGAACAGGUUCAAAUUGAUGUCGCCAAAGAGCAGGAUGCCAUCGUGGGAGAUAACCAUCAAGAUAAACCACUGGAGUCGAAAAUCAAGCCAGCUGUUAACGAAGAGCAUAUAAAAGCUGUCCCCGCGGAGCAGCUGGUGGAAGUGGCCCCGAUUGUUAGCCGCCAGCUUCAAGUCACUGCGGAGGUGGUUGGGGAUGAGCACACCGCCACUUCGCCGGUUACCGCCAACUAUCCAGAGGAUCUCGUGGAUAUCUUCGGAAAUGCGUGCCCCAAGUAUUCUCCUCCGCGAGCUCAGGCGUUCGAAUCGGCUCCGGCGUUUGAAUCGUCUCCGGCGUUCGAACCGGCCCCGAACAUCAAGAUUGAAGCCCCGGCUACUCCAACUCGCUGCUGGCGUUUUAUCGACGACGACACCAUCCUUAUUGACGUCGAACCCUUGCCAGAACCGCUGGUGGCACUUCCUCCGGCUCAGACCCGAAUUCAGGCGGAGAAGAUAGUCACACCAGCUCCGGGUUUGGCCACGUCAAUUCCAGCCACGGCUUCGGCCACGCCUUGGUUCCAUGCUUCGUUCCAGGCUACGUUCCAGGGUCCGGUACUGGCUCCAGUCCUGGCUCAGGCUCCUGUGCAGAAGGUGACUCCGGCUCCGGAUCAGAAGAAGGUGACUCCGGCUCCGGUGCAGAAGGUGACCUCCCUGGUGAUGGUUAUUCCUCCUCCAGUCCCCGCCGUGGCACAACAGCCUUCCCAAGCGCACUCGCGCCCGGACAACCUACCAAGGCCCAUCAAGGCAAAGCUGCGCCCAUCAUCAAUCAGGCCAGCACGCCUUACUAACGGUAAGAAUACCGACUUUCCGCCGCUGGGUGCUGUUGCAAGCUCUGCUUUUCCACCGCUUCCCGUGGUCGUGGUGAGUAAGGGACAGCAGGCUCCACAGCACCCGGGAGUCAAUGCCAAGGGUGGAAAUGCUGCUCCCGGUGGCGGCAAGGGAAUUUUCGUUCCUCCACCUCAACCAAAGGCCAAAGCUCCGGUCAACACCCAGGCCAACAACCAGUCAACCAAGAUGGCCAGUCCCCAGGGCUUCAAUCCCCCUCUUGGUCCCGCCCCGAAGGCGCCCGGCAGCUUCCACUUCCUUUCCCCAGCCCCCAAUCAGCCCGCUGCACCUCUUGGUACUCGCCCCCCUCCAGGACGACCCGCGCUCCCUCUCGGGCUCCUCAGUCCCCCAGGUCCUGUGCAGAAUGUCCGCCCUCCGACAGCACCCACCUUACCCGUCGGCCAGGCCAUCCGCCCGCCCCCAGGCCUCCCAGCCCAGCCUGUCUCUGCGCCCCCAACCCAUCCCGAAAAUUCUACCCCCCUCUCCCAGCAGCCUGCCACCCGCGACCCUGCCAAACUGGCGAAACGCAAGCGUGGACCCAACGCAGGCAAGAGGAUCCAGGGUAUGCACAACGACGCGUCUCAGCAGCGGCAGCAGGCAGAGCUGCGCGAGACCAUCAAGGCUAUGCAUGCUAAAAUUGCGGCUGGAAAGAAGAUGGAGGACAUUUUGAAGCCGGAUCCGACGAGCCCUCCGUCGACGCCAAUGGGUAACAGUAUGACUAAGGGUGGAGGACAGGUCGGACAGGUCGGACAGAAUGAGGCGAAGGGUAGUCAGGUGCCCGCCAAUAAGUUCACUGUUCUCGACAAAGAUGUGAAAGGCCAGCCCAAGACCGCGAAGGCUGUCAACGGCGGCCCCAAGCAGCCCCCAUCAUCCACUCCCGGAGCCGGCCCCAAGCUAUCCGCACCCUCUAUUUCCAGCGGCGGCCCUCAGCCCACUCCUCCCGCCAACGCUGUUGCCGCGGCGCCAGCCCAGCAGGGCAUCAAGUUCGAGUUUACCGGCCAGACGCAGGAGACUACCAAUGCCAAUGGCAAGGACCCCCAACUCGGCUUGCUCCCUGGUGAUCCGGGAUUCUUCAUUCUGGGUCCGAGGCCUGGGGCCAAGGGUAAGAAGAUGAGGUAGAGGAGGUAGAGGAAAUAAUGGGGAUGUGGGGGCGAGGGCGAGUGAUUGAUAAUGACGAUGAUAAUGCGAUGUGAUGCUUUGGAAACUUGGCUGGAGUGGUUGUGUUUGUGUUUACUUGGUUGAGGACUAGUUGAGGAUCCUUUUCUGUUUCUGCUGGCUUUGGUUACGCCGCGACCUGUUGCUUUGUGUGUACACGCAGAUACGAAGAUACCUAGUUACCUAGCUAAUCGACGGUCUGUCUGCGGUCUGCGUACCUACUCUGCUAAACACUCUUCUUCUUCUACCUCUUCCUCUUCUUCCUCUACG